UCCAAUAACAUUUUAGGCAUUUACAGUAACUGUGCACACUAACUACAGUGGACAGCACCAUCAGCUACACAUCAGAUCAAUAUGAUGGACAUCAUUUCCUGUAUAUAUCAUUUACCUGCUGAUGUGUUUGAACUUGUCUGCAGCCACAGCAGAGAGGAGGACACCAGCCAUGAGACUGAAAGGAGCACAAGCUGCAAUCAUCUGUCUGCUCACUUUGUCAGCAUUUCAGGGUCAGGAUGGUUGGUCAGUGACUUACACCUCUACUCAGAUUUGUGCCUUAAAAGGAUCAACAGUGGACAUACGCUGCACCUACACGUACCCAUCCAGAGUAAAUGGGAACGUGACUGUAGUUGAAAAAGCUUUAUGGUUUACUAAAACGAAGGGUGAUGAACAUGUGGAUGUGAGGACAGAGGCAGAGUUUGCAGGUCGUGUUCAGUAUCACUGUGAUAACAAAGACUGCACUCUGAGAAUCACAGACCUGAGAGAGAGCGACUCAGCUGAGUACAAGUUCAGAUUUGUGACAAACCAGCCAGGAGGGAAAUAUACUGCAUCACCUGGAGUCACUCUGUCUGUCACAGUUCUCCAGGUACAAGUGAUAAAAACUUGGCCAACCUUGUAUCCUACAUGGAAGAAGGUGACGUGUCAGAGCAGUUGUCAUCUACCUGAUCCUCAUUCAUAUGUCUGGUACCAGAACGAAGUGAAUAUUGACAGAAAGGAGUCUUCUUUUGAAAAAUACUUUGGUUAUACAGACAGCAUUUCCUGUGCUGUAAAAGGAUAUGAGAAGCUUCCCUCUCCUUUAGCGUGUGUUGAUGAUCAAACCUGUAACAGAGUGUCUUACACCAGCAGAAGCAUCUGUGCCCUCAAAGGUUCAUCAGUGGACAUUUCUUGCAUCUACAGUCAUACACAUCCUGCUGUGUCCAAAUUCUGGUUCAGUCCUGAACGUAGUCAUCAGCAGCAGCAUCGCUCACACCCCGAGGACCUCAGAAAAGACUCCCACUAUGCAGGUCGUGUUGAGGUCAUUGAAACAGAGAGAGGACGCUCCACUCUGAGAAUCAGAGACCUGACAGAGAGGGAUUCAGCCGAGUAUCACUUUAAAUUCAAAACACAAAGCUUUGAAUGGAAGAGCAGUUUACCUGGAACAACUCUGACUGUAACAGCUCUGCAGGUGAAGGUGAGCAGAAUAAUAUCAGUCCAUCAGACUCAGACUGAGGCAGAGCUGAAGUGUGAAAGCAGCUGCAGUCCAGCUGGUCGUCUUUCUUACGUCUGGUUCAAGAACGGAGAGAAAAACACGACACAGCAAACUUCUGCUUAUACAGACUACUUUAAUCCUGGAGACAACAUCUCCUGUGCUUUCUCAGGAUACGAGGAUUAUUGCUCUCCAUCAGUGUAUCCUUUAAAGCUUCCCUCUGUGUCAGUGAGUCCCUCUGGUGAGAUAGUGGAGGGCAGUUCAGUCACUCUGACCUGUCGAACAGAUGCUGAUCCAGCAGCUAAGAACACUUUGUACAAAGGCAUCCAAAUCUUGCCUCUAACACCAGAAGGUAUUUAUCAUUUCACCUCCAUCAGCUCUGAGGACAGAGGAAUCUAUGAGUGCGAGACUGAGGAUCAGCUCUCUGUGUCUUUGUUCAUAGAUGUCCAGUAUGCUCCAAAGCUUCCCUCUGUGUCAGUCAGUCCCUCUGGUGAGUUAGUGGAGGGCAGUUCAGUGACUCUGACCUGUAGCAGUGAUGCUAACUCAGCAGCUAACUACACCUGGUACAAGGAGAAUGAUAACUCAGCAAAAGCAUCUGGACAGAACUUCAUCAUCACUGCCUUCAGACCUGAACACAGUGGGAGUUAUUACUGUGAAGCCCAGAACACAAGAGGAUGUCGCAGCUCCACCUCCCAUCAUCUCACUGUUGUGACAGGGAAAUCAAUAAUUAUACAGAAUAUUAUCAGGUUAACUUUGGUGGUCCUGAUGCUGAUUCCUCUGCUUCUUGUGAUUUUGUGGAUGAGGAAGAAGAAACCUUUGAGCUCUACAGCUGAAUCAAAUGAACUUAUGGAGACAAUGGAGAUGCAGUCAAACCAAAGACAGGACUCAGCUGAUGGAAACAGAAAGUAAAAACAGCACAGUGGAGAGUGAUGCUGAUGCAAUGCAGAUUUAUAUUUUUACUUUCAGCUCCAGUUAUAUAAAGCUUGUUUGUCAGCAGCACAACGUUAGACUAGAAUUACAGCUUAUUUUUGCUCUUCUGUUACCUGUUCAGAUUAUGUGUAGUACAGAAGUCCUUAUCCAAGGUGUAUUUUUAGAUUCAUUAGUUUGUAAAAGUUAACAAAAAGAUGCUGAUCCAGAAGAAAAUAUUUUACAGCACUUGCGGCCUGUUUUUUGUUAACAAAAGAGAAAAACCUGCAGCUACAACAGCUCUGUAUAUUGAAGGUCAGUUCAGGUUGAUGCUUGUCCUUGCAACACAUUAUUACAAAGGUAGAACACAUCAUAAAGCAAAAAUAACUGAUCAUGAACUCAGACAUUGCUGGAUUUGAUAUAAAAAUAAAUGCCAAGAUUAU